ACGGACAGACGUGCUUCCAGGGCCAUGGCGGGACACGCCGCUCGCCGCUGCUGCCUGGGCUGGGACUUCAGCACGCAGCAGGUGAAAGUUGUUGCUGUUGAUGAAGGGCUAAAUGUCUUCUAUGAGGACAGUGUGCAUUUUGACAGAGACCUUCCAGAAUUUGGGACUCAAGGUGGUGUUCAUGUGCAUGAGGACAGGCUGACCAUCACCUCUCCAGUCCUGAUGUGGGUCCAGGCGCUGGAUGUCAUCUUGGAGAAGAUGAAGGCUUCUGGCUUUGACUUCUCUCAAGUCCUAGCCUUGUCCGGGGCAGGCCAGCAACACGGAAGCAUAUAUUGGAAGACUGGGGCCAAUCUGGCACUGACAAGCCUGUCACCAGACCUCCCGCUAUACCAGCAGCUACAGACCUGUUUCUCCAUCAGUGACUGCCCAGUGUGGAUGGACUCCAGCACCACAAUCCAGUGCCGCCAACUGGAAGCUGCUGUGGGUGGGGCCAGGCUCUCUCAGCUGCCUCACAGGUCCCGUGCCUAUGAGCGUUUCACAGGAAACCAAAUUGCAAAGAUUCACCAGCAGAACCCCCAGGCCUACUCACACACGGAGAGAAUUUCUUUGGUCAGUAGCUUUGCUGCCUCCUUGUUCCUUGGCUGUUACUCCCCAUUGACUACUUCUUCAGGUUCUGGAAUGAAUUUGUUGCAGAUCCAGGACAAGGUCUGGUCCCAGCCUUGCCUUAGUGCCUGUCUGCAAGGCUGCGCUGAGCAGGCUGGAAUUUCCUCAACAAUUACUUUUUCCCCUCAGGGAGCCAUUUCUUCCUACUAUGUCCAGCGGUAUGGAUUUCCUCCUGGUUGCAAAGUGGUGGCCUUCACUGGGGACAACCCAGCAUCACUGGCAGGCAUGAGGCUGGAGGAAGGUGACAUUGCGGUGAGCCUGGGCACCAGUGACACCCUAUUCCUGUGGCUCCAGGAGCCCACACCUGCUCUGGAAGGCCACAUCUUUUGCAACCCAGUUGACCCCCAGCAUUACAUGGCACUCCUGUGCUUUAAAAAUGGCUCCCUAAUGAGAGAGAAGAUCCGCGAUGUGUCUGCUUCCCGUUCCUGGAGUGAGUUCUCUAAGGCCCUGCGAUCCACAGAGAUGGGGAAUGGUGGAAACCUGGGCUUUUAUUUUGAUGUUAUGGAGAUUACCCCUGAGAUUAUUGGGCAUCAUAGAUUUAAUCCAGAAAGCCAUGAGGUCUCGGCAUUCCCCAGGGAUGUGGAGAUUCGAGCAUUGAUUGAAGGACAAUUCAUGGCCAAGAGGAUUCAUGCAGAAGGCCUUGGCUAUCGAGUCAUGCCCAAGACAAAGAUUUUGGCUACCGGAGGGGCAUCUCAUAAUAGAGACAUCUUACAGGUGCUUGCAGAUGUGUUUGGGGCCCCAGUAUACGUCAUAGACACUGCCAACUCGGCCUGUGUGGGCUCAGCAUACAGAGCUUUCCACGGCCUUGCAGGUGGGACAGAUGUACCAUUUUCAGAGGUUGUGAAGUUAGCCCCAGAUCCCAGGCUGGCUGCCACCCCAAGCCCAGGAGCUUCUCAGGUCUACGAGGCCCUCCUCCCCCGGUACGCCAAACUUGAACAGAGAAUCUUGUCCCAGACUCGGGGGCCUGUAGGAUGAAUUCUGCACCCAGGCACCCCUGUUGCUCCUGCUGCCCCAGACUUUCAGAUCCUAUUCGGAUGUGCCCUCAACAGCAGGCAUCUUCUUCCCUGAUCCAAGCAACCCCUCAGAGGGCUCCUGCCCUGUCCAGGACCAUCCUGAGGCUGCCUCUGCACUUUUCCAUGAAGAUAUGUAGGCUGCCUGUAUUCCAGGGCAUGAGAGCAUCUCUCCUCCCCUGUGUCCCAGGAGGCAGGAUAACACAAACUCUGGGAUGUGGCACUAAAAAUUAUGCCUUUUCUCUUUUCAAAGACAGAAUGAAAGCUAAUCUCAGGACCUAAAUUAGCAGAAUGGGGAAAACAACAC